AUGGGCUUGUCUCGGGCACCCUGGAUGGGGCGUGUGGGCGGGCACGGGAUGAUGGCACUGCUGCUGGCUGGUCUGCUUCUGCCAGGGACCUUGGCUAAGAGCAUUGGCACCUUCUCAGACCCCUGUAAGGACCCCACGCGUAUCACCUCUCCUAAUGACCCCUGCCUCACUGGGAAGGGUGGCUCCAGUGGCUUCAGUAGCUACAGUGGCUCCAGCGGUUCUGGCAGCUCCAUUUCCAGUGCCAGUGGCUCUGGCGGUGGCUCCAGUGGAUCCAGCGUUGCCCAGGGUGGUUCUGCAGGAUCUUUUAAGCCAGGAACAGGGUAUUCCCAGGUCAGCUACUCCUCCGGAUCUGGCUCUAGUCUACAAGGUGCAUCCAGUUCCUCCCAGCUGGGCGGCAGCGGCUCCCAGCCCGGCAGCAGCGGCUCCCAGCCCGGCAGCAGCGGCUCUCACUCAGGAAGCAGCGGCUCUAAUACAGGAAGCAGUAGCUCUCACUUGGGAAGCAGCAGCUCUCAUUCCAGCAGCAGCAGCACCUUUCAGUUCAGCAGCAGCAGCUCCCAAGUAGGGAGUGGCUCUGCUCUGCCAACCAGUGACAACGCUUACCGCGGAAUACUAAACCCUUCCCAGUUUGGACAAAGCUCUUCCUUUUCCCAGACCAGUGGCCAAAGGGUCAGCUCCAACCAGCGUCCCUGUAGUUCGGACAUCCCCGACUCUCCCUGCAGUGGAGGGCCCAUCAUCUCACACUCUGGCCCCUACAUCCCCAGCUCCCACUCUGUGUCAGGGGGUCAGAGGCCUGUGGUGGUGGUGGUGGAGCAGCACGGUUCUGGUGGCCCUGGAGUGGUUCAAGGUCUCCCCUGUAGCAACGGUGGCCUUCCAGGCAAGCCCUGUCCCCCAAUCACCUCUGUAGACAAAUCCUAUGGUGGCUACGAGGUGGUGGGUGGCUCCUCUGACAGUUAUCUGGUUCCAGGCAUGACCUACAGUAAAGGGAAAAUCUACCCUGUGGGCUACUUCACCAAAGAUAACCCUGUGAAAGGCUCUCCAGGGGUCCCUUCCUUUGCAGCUGGGCCCCCCAUCUCUGAGGGCAAAUACUUCUCCAGCAACCCCAUCAUCCCCAGCCAGUCGGGAGCUUCCUCAGUCAUUGCGUUCCAGCCAGUGGGGACUGGUGGGGUCCAGCUCUGUGGAGGCGGCUCCACAGGCUCCAAGGGACCCUGCUCUCCCUUCAGUUCUCGAGUCCACAGCAGUUCUAGCAUUUCCAGCAGCUCCGGUUCACCCUACCAUCCCUGUGGCAGCACUUCCCAGAGCCCCUGCUCCCCGCCAGGCACCGGCUCCUUCAGCAGCAGCUCCAGUUCCCAAUCCAGUGGCAAAAUCAUCCUUCAGCCUUGUGGCAGCAAGUCCAGCUCUUCUGGUCACCCUUGCAUGUCUGUCUCCUCCUUGACACUGACUGGGGACCCCGAUGGCUCUCCCCAUCCUGAUCCCUCCGCUGGUGCCAAGCCCUGUGGCUCCGGCAGUGCUGGAAAGAUCCCCUGCCGCUCCAUCCGGGAUAUCCUAGCCCAAGUGAAGCCUCUGGGGCCCCAGCUAGCUGACCCUGAGGUUUUCCUACCCCAGGGAGAGUUACUCGACAGUCCAUAA